AUGGCCCUUGCACGCUUUCUUUGGUCACAAGCUUCUACGAUUGCUAGGGUGCUCCUAUACCUUCCGGCGAUAUCGACAUCACCUGAACCCACACCUGACGAGAUCGCACAGUUCACCCCAGCGGAAGCAGACUCCAUCAACAAAGGUGUCUUCAAUCCGGACGGAUCUCGGAUCCCACCCAAUUUCGACCACCAUGUGGAUGAUUGUCUUUAUGUUGAUGUCGCAAAGACACUGAGACAGACCAUAGCUUCCAGUGUUUUGGCUCUGUAUCUGAUCCUCGGUUUCCCUGAUGCUGGAAAGGGGAUUCGAGAUUGGGUGUCAUGGGAGAAGUUCACUACUACUUUCUCUCAUCGUCGACACUGCCUUGGCUGGUUGAUUGAUUCCCGCGCCCUUACGGUGAGCCUACCAUCGGAGAAAAGGGAUCGUAUCAUCCAACGGCUUCGGACCUUUCUACAGAAACAUCGUCUGACCCUUCAAGAAAUCGCAGAACUCCUCGGUCUGCUUUCGAACGCAACGACAGAGGACAUUCCCACCCUGUUGGGCAAUGGCGCUUCCAUUGAUUAG